GCGACGACCAUGGCCGCGUCCUCCCCGAAGUCCGACCGCGCGGCCCUCCUCAAGGCCUUCGACGAGGCCCGCACCGGCGUCCGCGGCCUCGUCGAGUCCGGCGUCUCCACCGUCCCCGACCUCUUCGUCCACCCCGACCCCUAUGCCUCCGCCCCGCUUGCUCCCCCGGGCGUCUCCAUCCCCGUCGUUGACCUUUCCCUCCCCGCGCACCUCGUAGCCGCCGCCACCGCGGCGGCCGCCCGCGACUGGGGCUUCUUCCACCUCGUUAACCACGAGGCCCUCGUCCCCUCAGGCCACCCCGCGAGGGCCCUCGCCGCGGUGCGCCCCUUCAACGAGCUCCCCGCCCCCGAGCGCGCCGCGCACUACGGCCGGGCCUUGGCCGGCGGGGUCAGCUACUCCUCGAACGUCGACCUGUUCCGGUCCCCCGCGGCGAGCUGGCGCGACACCGUCCAGGUGAUGUUCGGGCCUACGCCGCCCAACGCCGAACGCAUACCGUCGGUGUGCCGCUCUGAAGUCAUCGAGUGGGAAGCGCACGCCGCCGCGGUGGCCCGCGCCGUGAUGGCUCUGCUCUCCGAGGGGCUCGGGCUCGGGGGUGCGGCGCUGGAGGAGACCUCGUGCCUGGAGGGGAAGCUCAUGGUCUGCCAUUACUACCCGGUGUGCCCCGAGCCUGAGCGCACCAUGGGCUUAGUCCCGCACACGGACCCCGGCGUGCUCACCGUCCUUGAGCAGGAUGGCAUUGGUGGUUUGCAGGUGAAGCACACCAAUGGGGACGGGGAGAGCUUCUGGGUGGACGUGAAGCCUGAGCCGGGCGCGCUUGUGAUCAAUGUCGGGGACCUUUUACAGGUCAACGCAAUUCAACUCAACAUUUCACUUGAGUUGGAUAUGAUGUCGUAUUAGGGGUAGAUAGUAAGCGGGAAUAGUCAAUGGAUUAUUGCUUUCAGGAUCACAUUAAUAAUGGAUCUGGACCAGUUUCAUAAUAUCAUCACUGCAUGGGCUGCUUUUUGCAUGGUUCAAGGGGCUGGUCAGAAGGUUUUCAAGGUGUUGUCAAUGAACCAUUCAUAUAUUGUUGAUUUGAACUGUGAGAGUUGUGACUGCAAAAGAUGGGAGCUGUCUGGGAUUCCAUGUCAUCAUGCCAUAGCUUGUGCUAGAGAGGAGAGGAUAGAUCCUGAGAGCCUGGUGCAUGAAUGCUACUCUGUAGCUACUUACAAAAAAGCUUAUAGUUUCAAUAUCAAGCCGAUGAGGGACCAAGAGCAUUGGACAAGGAUGGAAGGAGUGGAUGUGUACCCACCUGUGUACACCAAGGUGAUGGGUAGACCAAGGAGAAAUAGAAAGAAAGAUCCAGAAGAGAAGCUUGACAAGGAAGGGGGCAAGAAACUGACUAAACAUGGUGUAAGCAUGCACUGUUCUGUUUGUGGAGCAGCAAAUCACAACAAGAAAGGUCAUCAGAAGUGGGCAGAAACAAAUAGAGAGGCACCAGUAGCUACAGAUGAUGAUU